AUGGGCUCACAGACCUUCAUAGAAGUGUUGCUGGCCAUUCUUCUUCCACCAGUGGGUGUUUUUCUUCGCUAUGGCUGUGGGGUGGAGUUUUGGAUCGAUUUAGUGCUCACGCUGUUGGGUUACAUACCAGGAAUUAUAUAUGCAGUUUACGUGAUAGUUCGAUGAUCAUGUCCCUUUUGAAUCAGAUCAGCCUACAACUUAAUCUGUUCAUG